AUGAGCUACCAAAACCUGAAAUGUUCGGAAUUAAAGGAUUUGUUAGCCAAAAGGGGGCUACCAUCACAUGGCAAGAAGAACGAACUUUUAGAAAGGCUCAUAAAUCAUGAAAAAGAUAACCCUAAUUCUAUAAAUCAAUACAUAUUGGAUAGUAAUAAGGGAAAUUCUGAACAAGGAAUAUCAUAUCUAGAAGCGUCAUCAUCAACGGAUGUAUUAGUAGGAAAUCAAAAUAACUCAGAAAUAAAUGUUGUUGAACCAUUCGAAAAAGAAAAUAUAGAAGAGGGAAACAUAGAAGAAGAAAAUAAUAAUUACAUGCCACCCUCUUCCCCAUCAUAUAUAGGGUCCCAAAAAAAAAAAAAAAUUUUAUCAGUAAAUACAAGAGAAAAAGAAUAUAAUAAACCUGAUAUAGGAAAAAUGAAAAAUUAUUUUAAAAAUAUCCUAACUUCCAAUGUUAAUGUGGAAGAGUCCAAAUACUACGGAAACGACAAUUCAAAAAGUGACGAUAAAACAUAUGCUAAUAAAAAUUUAAACCUGAACAAUGAUGAAGAAAAGAAAACUAAAAUUGUCAUUCCAAAAAUAACUUUUUCUGAAACGUCGCUGUCCACAAAGAAUAUUCUAGAAAAAAAUAUUAUUUCUCCUCCAGAAGAUAAUCUUUACCUAACUGAGGAGAAAAAGAGAGAAUUACGAAAAAAAAGAUUUGGUGUCGUUUCUACGGAUGAUGCACUUGAAUCUAGAGCUAAGAGAUUUUGCAUUGUGACCCAAAAAAUGGAAGAGGAAAACAAAAAGAAGAGAGCUGAGCGCUUUGGUCUGAAUAAGGGAAAGCUUAACGAUUUUGAAAUGAAAAAGAAGAGAGCCGAAAGGUUUGGCUUAGUCAACGAGAGUGAUAAAUUGAAAGCAAGGGCUCUAAGAUUUGGAAUGACACAAUAA